AUGAAAACAGGAAGAGGGAGGCUAGUUGCGUCUUGUCGCUUAUGAGUGACGUAUUUAACGCUGCUGGUGGGAUCUACUGCUGGAGAAAAUAUUUCCCGACUAUUUGGAGAGAAAGAAGAUUCCCCCACCCCUCUUGAUUAGGUCCAUCUACAGCAAUGGCGCAAUACAAAGGAGCUGCCAGUGAGGCUGGCCGGGCACUCCAGCUGAUGAAGAAGAGAGAGAGGCAGCGUGAACAUAUGGAACAGAUGAGGCAGCGAAUUGCUGAGGAGAACAUCAUGAAAUCAAACAUUGACAAGAAAUUCUCUGCCCAUUAUGAUGCAGUGGAAGCUGAGCUGAAAUCCAGCACUGUUGGCCUGGUGACCCUCAACGAUAUGAAGGCCAAGCAAGAAGCACUCGUAAAGGAACGGGAAAAGCAGCUGGCAAAGAAGGAGCAGUCCAAAGAGCUUCAGUUGAAGCUGGAGCGCAUGCGGGAGCGGGAGCGCAAACAAGAGCAGAAGCGCAAGAUCUCGAGCUUGUCCUUCACUCUGGAGGAGGAGGAGGAGGAGGAAGAGGAGGAGGAGGAAGACGAUGGCGGCGCUGAGGAAGAAGAGGAAGAGGCAGAGUUGGAGCAGGAAGAACUGCCCUCCAAGAAGAAGAAGAAGCUGGGAAAGAACCCAGAUGUGGACACCAGCUUCCUGCCUGACCGUGACCGUGAGGAGGAAGAAAACCGCCUGCGAGAAGAACUUCGCCAGGAAUGGGAGGCCAAACAGGAGAAGAUCAAGAGUGAAGAAAUUGAAAUCACCUUCAGCUACUGGGAUGGCUCUGGGCACCGCCGAACUGUCAAGAUGAAGAAGGGCAACACAAUACAGCAGUUCCUACAAAAGGCCCUGGAGAUCUUGCGUAAGGACUUCAGUGAACUCCGGUCAGCUGGUGUGGAGCAACUUAUGUACAUUAAGGAGGAUCUGAUCAUCCCACAUCAUCACAGCUUCUAUGACUUCAUUGUCACCAAGGCCCGUGGGAAAAGCGGGCCGCUCUUCAAUUUUGAUGUACAUGAUGAUGUUCGGCUUCUGAGUGACGCAACGGUGGAAAAAGAUGAGUCCCAUGCUGGCAAGGUUGUGCUUCGCAGCUGGUAUGAGAAGAACAAGCACAUUUUCCCUGCGAGCCGGUGGGAGCCCUACGACCCAGAGAAGAAAUGGGACAAGUAUACGAUCCGCUGAGCAACUGCUGGAACUAGUGAUGCUCUGUCUAUGUCACACGUGGCUACAUGCUGCCUUCCUGAACCUCCUGCAGCAUCUCUUCUUUACCCUACUCCAGUCCUCCGACCUCUGUAGCUGCAUCUCAUCCCUAACUGUAUCAACCUUUGGUGAAAUAAACUGCCUCACCCAAA